AUGUUCAUACAACAAGAAGGCCUCACAUACAUAAGAAAGGCAGAUAUCCAACCCACACCCUGGUCGGACCACUGCGCGACAAGAGUAACUAUGACAUCACCACUCUACCGUCCAGCUAGAACGUCGUGGAGACUCAACGAUUCACUCCUCUUAGACGAACUGCUACGGGCACAAAUCGCGAAGCAUGUACACCAGUACUUCAAGGAAAACACCACAGAAGGUGUGUCCGAUAUGACUUUAUGGGAAGCACACAAAAGCGUAAUGAUGGGGCACUUAAUACGAAUUGCGAGGCAAAAGAAAAAAGAAGCCGGCCAACAGCUACUAGACCUUACCUGA